ACCUGAUAGUAUUCAGUUGUUCCACAUGAAGUAAAAUCUUUAAAUUUAUUUGUAGAUGUCGUUUUCACACUCUAAUGGAUCAAAUAAGGAUAGUUGGCUCAAAUCACGAAAACGCAAACUAUCACAUAACAGUAGUGCCAAGUUAUUCCCAACAAAAAGUUCACCUGAUACAUGGAUAGAGAAGUAUGCACCACAACACCUGGAACAACUGGCUGUUCAUAAGAAGAAAAUACAGGAAGUUGAAAACUGGUUGAUCAUGAAUCGCCAUCGUGGUAAAAAGGGUGGUGCACCAAUUCUGUUUCUUAGUGGACCUGCAGGUUGUGGUAAAACAACCACACUGGUUAUGGUGGCAAGGAAAAAUGGGAUAGAAAUCGCUGAAUGGAAUAAUCCGUUAAGUGUCCCGUACUCUGUUACCAAACAAUCAGAUGUACAAUACAAAUCUGAGGUUGUUUUGUUUGAAGAAUUUUUAUUUCGAAGUGGAAAAUAUCCAUCUUUGUUUUCAAAUCCCGAAAAUAACAACGACAAAAUUGAAGGAAAACUUGUUUUGCUCGAGGAAUUUCCUAAUUUUAUGCUGAAAGAUCUUGACUAUUGUAAAGAACUUGUUCGUCGUUAUCGCCUUACACAACAAAUGCCACUAGUGAUUAUAAUAAGUGAUGGAAGUACUUUUGACUCUUUUAAACGAUUUCUUUCUUCAAAAGAAUCUUCAGUGACAAAUAUACGUUUUAACCCAGUAUCAACAACACUGUUGAUAAAAGCUUUGAGCAGAGUAAGUACAUCGGAACGUUGCUCAACAAACAAAGAUGAUUUAUCACUCAUUGCUUCCGCAUCAGCUGGUGAUGUAAGAUCAGCCAUCAACAAUCUACAAUUCUCGUGCAAAACAGUUGGAAAGUCAACAAGAAAAACAUCAGGAACAAAAUCCAAAGCCAUCAAUGGCAAAGACACGUCAUUGAUAAUGUUCAGAGCUUUGGGGAAAGUGUUUUAUUGCAAAAGAGAGAAAAGAAAAAAGGCAGAAAGUGUGGAAUCAUCAAAAUAUAGAGAUGAUCUCAUUGUACAACCAGAGGAUAUUUUAGAACAAUGUUGUCUUUCUGGUUCUGCAUUCAGUCUUUUUCUUCACCAAAACUAUUUGCCAUUUUUUGACGCAAACCCCAUUGAAGAUGUAGCUUCUACGUUAGAAUAUUUAAGUAUGUCCGAUGUAGUUGGCUCUUCACUGACAUCUAGUGACCUUUCUACAAAUGCUUCAGUUUAUCUGGAUUAUUAUGAAGGUGAUAAAGAAAAAGAAAGAAAAUGAACUACAAAGUCACCUUCUCUUCUAUAAACUUGUUCAAUCUGAUCUAAUGUUAUCCACACUUCCAUAUCUAUUCCAUUUAAAAAACCAAAGUGAUCUCAAUUUUGCUCAAAAAAUGUUCACUGCCGAAAUUGUUGUACUACCAAAGUGGAAAAUGUUUCAUAAUGAUGCAAAUGAUCAAUUAACCGAACAUGAAGCUGGAUCAGUGGAGACGACAGAUCCAAUCCAAGUGAGGAAAAUUGAAGAUAAUAUAAUGGAAGUGAACAUCCAUGAUGACUCAGUAGAGAUAGAAGACUUCAGUGAUUAAGGAGGAGUCAUAUCUUCCCAUCUCCAACAUCAAAACACGAGCCAUGGAUAGUUUGUUGCACACCUGUUAAAAAGAAGAAAACAAGUUCACAAUUUGUUGCACACAUGCUACUAUUUAUGGUAUAGAAAAUUUAACAUAGUGUCACACAAGUACUUUCUGAUUUGUUCAUAAAACUCUGUAUUUACAGCUUAUGUUCUUUUAAGUGCCUUAUUCCUUUUCUUUUUCUACUUAUUUUUACUUUAGUGUGAUGCCAGAACAGUUUUUUUUAGAACUAAACACUGCCUUAUGUUACUUUUAUUUAAGAAAAAAUACAUUUUUUUGCUUCAACAUAGUUGUAACUGGUACAUGUUCUGUUAUUAUAAGUAAAACAGUUUCCAAGUUCAAACCAAUUUUUUUAAAUCCAUUGCUUUACCUUUUAGUUGUAACUGGUACACGUUAUGGUAUUACUAUUUAAAAAAAAAACAUUGUCUACC